AAAAUAAAUGCCGCAACGGUAUUAUCAUAACCUCUGUUCCUUUCCACACCUUUUUCUUUCAAUCUUUCCAGUAUUUUAACCAAACCCCCUACUCUUUUUUCUAUACUUCUACGCGCACACUUACACGCAAUCAACCAUGGUCGAACUCAAAACAUACACUCGUGAAGAAGUUAGCCGUCAUGCUGCCGAAGAAGAUAUUUGGAUUAUUAUCGACACUGACGUCUACAAUAUGAGCGUUUUCAUUGACAUGCAUCCGGGCGGUGCCUUUCCUAUUCUUGAAUACGCAGGCAAGGACGCCACCGAAGCCUUUUAUGGCCUGCAUCGUCAAGAAGUGCUGCUGAAAUACAAGCGAUACAAGAUCGGUACUCUUGCUGAUGAAACGCCUCAGAUCAAGAUCCGUCAGCAUGGUGAUAACUCGACGGUGCCGUAUGCUGAAAUGAGUGCUUUUAUGGGAUACAAGUCGCCUUAUUACAACGACUCGCAUUUCCGUUAUCAGGCUGCUCUACGUAAAAUCUGUGAUGAAUUAAAGGCCGAGGCACAAGAAUGCGACAGUGCUGGCGAUCGCCCUUCCGACGAAUUUGUCAAAAAGUUAGCAGCGCAUCAUCUUUUGGCUGCUCAUGUUGGCCCUGGCCCAUGGUUACACGGACUGAUGUUGCCUGGCAAUGUGCCUGGCACUGAAUUCGAUUAUUUCCAUGAUAUGAUCACUCAUCAAGAAUUUGCUCGUUGGGGAGCUCCAGGUUUGGUUGCCGGUAUAACUGGUGGUAUGACCAUCUCUCUUCCUACCGUCUUGAACUAUGGCAAGCCUGAACUCAAGGCAGAGUUGGUGCCUUUGCUUUUAUCUGGCGAAAAGCGCAUGUCCUUGGCCAUCACUGAGCCCUAUACCGGUUCAGACGUCGCCAGUAUUCGCACGGUUGCUAAAAAAGUGGAAGGAGGUUAUGUUGUCAAUGGUGUCAAGAAAUGGAUUACCACCGGUCGUUUCGCCCAUUAUUUCGCCACUGCCGUCCGAACUGAAAAGGGUAUCUCCAUGCUCUUGAUUGAACGCCAAGAAGGUGUGGAGACCAAGCCUAUCAAAACAUCGUAUUCGCAAAGUGCUGGUACCGCCUAUGUCACAUUUGAAAAUGUAUUUGUCCCAGAUGCAAACUUGCUUGGUAUUGAGCAUCAAGGUUUCCGUGUUGUUCUUUCUAACUUUAACCACGAGCGGUUCAUGCUUAUUGCACAACCUGUUGCAGUAUCCCGCAACGCAGUUGAAGAAUGUUUCAAAUGGGCUAUGCAGCGUAAAGUGUUUGGCAAGCCUUUAAUCGACCAGCCCGUCAUCCGUAACAAGCUCGCCAAAAUGAUUGCUGGUGUCGAAAGCUGUCAAACAUGGACCGAAAAUAUUGCUUAUCAAAUGAACCACAUGAAAUACGCCGAACAAGCAGACAAACUGGCUGGUCCUAUUGCUCUUUUGAAAUUCCAUGCUACCCGUAUGAUGCACGAUGUUUCGGAUGAAGCUUGUCAGAUCUUUGGUGGCCGUGCUCUUACCAAGACUGGUAUGGGUAAAUACAUUGAAGAUUUACAACGCACGUACAAAUUCAAUGCCAUUCUGGGUGGUUCUGAGGAAAUCAUGGCUGAUCUGGGUGUGCGCCAGGCCAUGAAGAAGUUCCCAGCUGAUGCUAGAUUGUAAAAAAAAACAAACCUCCAAAUGUGUAUAGUAUAAUCAUAU